CAGGUGCGUGUGUUUAGUUGUGUUUUAUUACUUAUGUGUUUCUGUCAGAUGUCUGGUGUGUCACUCUGACAGGAUGUGCAGUGCGUUUGAUUGACACGCACCGGUUCGAGAGGAACCCACCACAGGUUCUCUCGGUUUACUCCCAGCAUGCAUUGCAUUCAGCAGCAUCACUCUUCUCGGACAUCAUUUGAAGUUGUAUGUUGUUGUAUGUUGUUUUCCUCCAUAUAUCUCCCUAUCCUCUCAUUCUCCACCUCUAUGGAGCGAACGUUAUGAACAUGAGUAAGUGGUUGCCUUGGAGAAAGCGCAGCUUUUUUAGAAAACACAGGAAGAAGUUUUCCUUUCCUGAGUUAGACGAACAUGAUGCCGUACAGAAAAAAACCUUCACGAAGUGGAUCAACGCGCAGUUCUCCAAGACGGGGAAGACGCCCAUCAAAGACAUGUUCUCUGAGCUGAGAGACGGCAGAAAACUCCUCGAUCUCCUGGAGGGGCUGACUGGAAACACACUGACCAAAGAGCGAGGUUCUACUAGAGUUCACUCCCUCAACAACGUCAACCGCGUGCUGCAGGUCCUUCAUCAGAGCAGCGUGGACCUGGUGAAUAUCGGAGGGACUGAUAUUGUCGAUGGGAAUCAUAAGCUCACUCUCGGACUCAUCUGGAGUAUCAUACUGCACUGGCAGGUUAAGGACGUCAUGAAGGAUGUGAUGUCCAGUCUUCAGCAGACCAACAGUGAGAAGAUUUUGCUGAGCUGGGUGAGAAACUGCACCCGCAACUAUAGCAGCGUCAACGUGCUCAACUUCACCACCAGCUGGGCAGACGGCCUGGCCUUUAACGCCAUCCUACACCACUUCAGGCCUCAUGGGUUCAGCUGGGAGGAAGUAGUUCAUCUAACCCCUGUGGAGAGGCUGGACCACGCUUUCACAUUUGCCAAAGAUCAGCUCAACAUUGAGAGACUACUGGAUGCGGAAGAUGUGGCGGUGCAGUUGCCGGAUAAGAAGUCCAUCAUCAUGUAUGUGACCUCACUCUUUGCCGUGCUUCCCAAUGACAUCACGAUGGAUGACAUCAAAGAGGUGGAGACGCUGCCCAGACGCUAUAAGGUGGAUCCGGAUGAGGCACGUGCUGGGUUGGCUGCAGAGACGGAGGAGGUGAGCAACACACGGCCAGAGACACCCAGCACACUGACGGAGGUCAGUCUGGACACGUAUCAGAUCACUCUGGAGGAGGUUCUCACCUGGCUGCUGUCGGCCGAAGACAUGCUGCACAUGCAGGACGACGUGUCCGACGACGUGGAGGAGGUCAAAGACCAGUUCCACACACAUGAGGCCUUUAUGAUGGAAUUGACAGCCCACCAGAGCAGCGUGGGUAACGUCUUACAGGCGGGAAACCAGCUGAUCGCUCAAGGCAACCUGAGUGAGGAAGAGGAGGAUGAGAUCCGAGAACAAAUGACACUGCUCAACUCCCGCUGGGAAAACCUGCGGGUCGCCAGCAUGGACCGUCAGUCCAGACUUCAUGAAGUUCUGAUGGACCUUCAGCAACAGCAGCUCCAGCAGCUCUCCGAUUGGCUGACGCAGACGGAGGGGCGGAUCCGUAAGAUGGAGAAAGAGCCAAUAGCAGGAGACUUGGAGGGAUAUCUGGCCCAGAUAGAGCAGCACAAAGUUUUGCAGAAUGAUCUGGAGCUAGAACAGGUAAAGGUGAACUCUCUCACGCACAUGGUUGUGGUCGUGGAUGAGAACAGUGGGGAGAGUGCCACUGCUGACCUGGAGGAACAACUGCAGUCACUGGGGGAGCGCUGGGCGGCAGUGUGUCGCUGGACGGAGGAACACUGGAACAAACUCGAGGAAAUUCAGCUUGUGUGGCAGCGGCUGCUUGAUGACCAGAGUUUGUUUGGAUCGUGGCUAGCAGAAAAGGAGAAGGCCUUGAGUGAAGUUCAGACCAGUGAUUUUAAAGACCCUAGUGAAAUAAAUGCCAGCGUGCGCAGAUUAGCCAAUCUCAAGGAGGAUAUGGCCCAGAAGCGGAGGGCCCUGAGUGCUCUGUCAGAUGCUGGACAGGAUGUGAUGGUGCUGUUAAACAGUCCAGCCGCAGCUCAGAGGAUCGAAACAGACACAGACUUACUGACCCAACGCUGGGACAACCUGGUCCAAAAACUAGAGGACUGCUCCAGCCAAGUAACCGAAGCGGUGUCUGGGAUACCCCAGGUACCGGAGAAGGUUGUCAUGGAGACAGUCACAACAGUAACAACACGGAUGGAGCAAACCUUCACCAGCAGCGAUCGAGAGCUACCGCCACCUGCCCCACCUAAAAGACGACAUCUGGAUACAGACGGCGAGCUCAGGAUACUAGCUGAAACUGAUGUUCCCAAGCUUUUGUCACGGCUGGCUGCAUGGAAGUCAUCUGCCCGAGCUGCUGGAGACACGCUUGGUCUGAAGGAAAAACUACAGUCCCUGCGGGUGGAGCUUGCUGAAAACGAGGGGGCAGUGAAAGAGGUGGUGCAGAAAGGAGAGAAGAUGAUUGAGAAAGAAGGUAUGUCUUCAGACGAGGCCCGUUCUGCUCUGGACUCUGUGUGUAAAGAAUGGGAGAGCUGCCAGAACCUGAUCCAGGAUCUCAGGAACCGAGCUCAAGUUCUAGAGCAGGUGGCGGCGGUUCAGUCAAGACUGAAGGCUCUAGAUGGAGUCCUGCAGGAACAGGAGAAGUGGCUGAUCUCCACAGAAGGCUUUAGAGCAAAAAACAACCAGCAGGAACUCCAGACACUCAAAGACGAUUGUGAGGCUCGGAUAGCAGAUCUGGAAAAGCUUCAGCCGCAGGUGGAAGAUCUCUGUUCUCAGACGGAGCGUCUGGCCGCAGAACCUGGAGCCCCUGAUACCAUGAGGCCCAGUGUGGCGGCGCUGGCAUCACGCCACAGCACAACUAUUGAAGAGCUCAAGACGCGGCAGCAGGACAUCACUACAGUUUUGUCCAGGCUGGCGGGGUCCAGAGCGCUGCAGCAGAUGGAGUCCAGACUGAACACAGUCAGCGCUGAUAUCAGAGACAUCCCCACAGCUGAGCAGGGAGUCAUCAGAGCUCAGGCUCUUUGUGCUGAGAUGGAGCAGGAGGCGUCGGAGGCAGCAGAGCAGCAGGGCUGGACUGAGCUCUCCACAGCCGCCCAGGAUCAGCUCAGCAUGCUGCAGUGCGUUCUGGGUAGCAUGAAGGACACAAAGGUGAAGAGUGAGGAGGUGGAGCGCUGGCUGGAUGCUGCUGACGAGCUGCUGUCUCGAGACGCCAGCGGCUUCAGCCACGCUGACAAACUACAGGAAGAAGUCAACCAGUGCAAGGAGCUGGUGAGUGAGAUGCAGAGCGUGGACUCGACUCUGAAGCAGAUGAGGGAGAACGUGACGGCUGUGCAGCAGAGCUCAGUACUGGGUCUGAUCAGCUGGGGGCAGACGGAGCUGGACGACAGUCAGAGACGCUGGGACACGCUCAGUAAAGAGUUGUUGAGGCGUGAGGAGCGUGUGAGUGAAGGUCAGGAGAAAGUGAUGAAUCUGAAGAAAGACGUGGCGGAGAUGCGCGAGUGGAUGAUUCAAGUGGACGAGGAGUUUCUCAUGAGAGACUUUGAGUACAAGAGCCCAGGGGAGCUGGAGGAGGCGCUGCAGGAGAUGAAGAGGGCUAAAGAUGAUGUGUUGCAGAAGGAAGUGCGUGUGAAGAUUUUGAAGGACAGCAUUAAUGUGCGGAUUGGAAAGACGCCCCCUGGUGGUCCUGACCUGAGCCCUGAGCUCACUGAAGUUCUGCACAACUACCAGAAGCUCUGCGAUCGCUUCAAGAGCAAGUGCCACACGCUUGAGGAGGUGUGGUCCUGCUGGAUCGAGCUUCUGCAGUAUUUGGACGUGGAGUCUGGCUGGUUGAAGACACUGGAGGAGAAAGUUCAAGCCACUGAGAACGUCCCAGAAAACACAGAGUCUAUCAGCGAGGCUCUGGAGUCUCUGGAGCCGGUUGUGCGUCAUCCGGGUGAUAACAGGACUCAGAUCCGAGAGCUGGCCCAGACUCUCAUAGACGGAGGCAUUCUGGAUGAACUCAUCAGCGAGAGACUGGAGAGCUUCAACUCGCGCUACAAAGAACUGACUCAGCUGGCUGCUGCACGUCAGAUGUCUCUGGAGCAGAAGUUGGGGACUCUGAGAGAGAACGAGAUGGCGUUACACACACUACAGACGUCCCUCACGCAGCUGGACCAGACGCUCACCUCGUACCUCACCGACCGCAUCGACGCCUUCCAGCUGCCUCAGGAAGCUCAGGCCAUUCAGGCCGAGAUCGCGGCCCAUGAGGCCACACUGGAGGAUCUGAGGAGGAGGAAUGUAGGUAACGUGCCUCCAACUGUCCCAGAGGGCAAACCAGUGCGAGGAGGAACCCUACUGGACCAGUUACAGCGGAAACUCCGUGAGAUUAGUACAAAAUUCCAGCUGUUCCAGAAACCAGCCAACUUUGAGCAGCGAAUGCUGGACUGCAAGAGGAUUCUGGAAAACGCUAAAGCUGAACUUCACGUCCUGGACCUGAAAGACACACAACCAGAGGAGAUCCAGACCCACCUGAACGGAUGCAUGAAACUGUAUAAGAUCUUGAGCGAGGUGAAACUGGAGGUGGAGACGGUGAUUAAAACAGGAAGACAGAUCGUACAAAAACAGCAGACAGAAAAUCCUAAAGGAAUGGAUGAACAACUCACCGCCCUCAAAUUACUCUACAAUGAGCUGGGAGCUCAGGUGACUGAGGGGAAACAGGAUUUGGAGAAGGCUUUGUCUCUGUCUCAGCGGCUGCAGAAGGACAGCGCCGCCCUGCAGGCCUGGAUGAGCCACACUGAGACUCCACUUAAAGAGAAGCUCAGCACAGGAGACAUGCCUGCUGAUAUCGAGACGGAGAUCACAUGGGCCAACGGCUUGUUGAAGGAGUCUGAGCUCAAGAAGAGCGAUCUGUCUGUGGUGAUGGAGAACAGCGCCGCCCUGCAGGCCUUAGUGGAGGGCAGCGAGGCUCAGCUGGAGGAUCAGCUGUUUGAGCUCAAUGAGGACUGGGAGCGCAUGCACACGCUGAUAGAGGACUGGCUCAGUGCUGUUCUGAAUCACAGGCGUGAAGUGGAGAUGUUUGAUGAGAAUUUGGCUCAUAUCAGCACAUGGCUCUAUCAGACGGAGAUACGACUGGAUGAGAUGGAGAAGAUGCCUGCAGCUGAAAAAGAGAAAAUGAUGAUGGCUGUGCUGUGUGAGUUGGAGGGAAUGAGUGUGCGUGUGGACCGCGCUCGUGAUCAGGCAGUAAUCUUGAUGACCAGCAGGGGGCCUGUGUGCAGAGAGCUGGUGGAGCCCAAACUGGCCGAUCUCAACCGCAGCUUCCACAAGGUGGCGCAGCACAUCAGCUCUGCUCAGGUGUCUGCUGGUCUGGAGGGCAGACAGGAGGCAGUGCGGCCGCAGCAGGAGGUGGCAGACGGGAGGUCUGCUCCUCUCCUCUCCUCCUCACAGCUUCAGCUGUUCGAAUCAGACCUACACGCUACUAUCGGAGCACUGGAGCAACAGGAGAAAACACACACACCUGAUGAUGAGAGGUUGGAUGAGGAGAAAGCUCAUGUUGAGGAGGUGCUGAGGAGAGGAGAGGAGGUGCUGCGGUCUGUUCCUGACGAGGACAGAAGAGAGGACAUCCGCAGGAGACUGCUGCUGCUCCAGACAGGCUACAAGGAGCUUCAUACCAUCAGAACUCAGCCAGUUGUGCUCGAAUCAUCUUCUCCUCCUCGGCAGAGAUCAGAGUCAUCCCUCUCUCCCCAGGAUGAGAGGAGCGCAUCUGUCUCCCCGUCUGACUAUCUGCUGGACAUUAAUAAGGUUCUGCUGGCCAUGGCCGACAACGAGCUGCUCCUGAACUCCUCAGAGCUCAGCGGAGGUCUGUUUGAGGAUUUCUCCAGCCAGGAGGACACGCUCCGGAAUAUAAAGGAGAGUUUGGGGCGGUUGGGUGAACAGGUUGAAGUGAUUAAUGAGCGCCAGCCUGAUGUGAUUCUGGAAGCUUCCAGACAGGAGAUGGCACAGAUAUCUGAUGCCCUGACACAGCUGAACUCCGAGUGGGACAGAGUCAACCGCAUGUACAGCCAGAGGAAAGGUUGCGAGGAAGGUAGAUUUGCUAAUGUUAUCUUGCCCAUUCGUAACAUGCUAAUGGAGGAGUCCAGGGAAGGACGUGUUCUGGAAAUGUCCAUGCGAGAGCAGAAGCGGGAGCUGGAGGAUCUGUUGUCUUACUCUAUUGAGCUCCAGAGGAAACAGCUGCUUUUACCACAGGAAAAGAGUAAAAUCGAACAGCUGGCUGCAGAUUGGAAAGCUCUGGAUGCCAGACUGAAGGAGACGCCACAACAGCCUCUGUCCCCAUGGACACAACAAGUGGCUCAGCAGCAGUUCACAGGGAGCGUGCCGUCUGCGGUGCACAUGGUCAGUCUGAUGAGCGAGGAGCGGCGUCCCAGUCCAGAGCUGGUGGGCCCCAGCGACCUGCACCAGACGGCCACAGAGCUGGCGGACUGGCUGCUCCUCAUCCACCAGAUGCUCAAAUCCAACAUCGUCACAGUGGGAGACAAAGAGGAGAUCCACACCACCAUCGGCCGCCUGCAGGUGACUAAAGGUGAUCUAGAGCAGAGACAUCCACAGCUGGAAGACAUCAUCACUCUGGCUCAAAACAUCAAGAACAAAACCUCCAACCUUGACGUGCGCACCUCCAUCUCAGAGAAACUGGAGAAGGUCCGCAGCCAAUGGGACGGCACACAGCACGGCGUGGAGGCGCGGCUUCUGCAGCUGGAAUGCAUGAUCGGCCACAGCGACCAAUGGGAAGAGCAGAGGCACCAGGUGAAGGCUCUGAUUGGACAACACGAGAUGCAUCUGCAUAACCUGCUGCAGCUGAGCCGAGGGCCGCUCACUAAACAGAUCAGUGACAACAAGGCGUUCCUGCAGGAGCUCAGUCGAGGACAGGAGAGCGUGACGUCCUUUAAUGAACUGUCCAAUCAGCUUCUGCAAGAAUAUGCCGCUGACGACACGCGCAAGGUCAAAGAGGUCAUGGACAAACUCAACACGGUGUGGAACAGCGUCAAUAACAGGGCGUCGGAUCGUCAGGCUGUGUUGGAUUCAGAGCUGAAGUCUCUCCAGGCGUGUCUCCGUGAGCUCGAAUCCUUCCUGAAGUGGCUCCAUGAGGCGGAGACUACAGUCAACGUGUUAUCUGACGCCGCCCAGAGGGAGGAGCUCUCACAGGACUCCGCCCACAUCAAAGAGCUCAAAGGGCAGCUUGGGGACAUCCAGGCGGAGAUCGAGGCUCAUAAUGAUGUCUUCAGGAGUGUGGACGGGAAUAAGAUGAAGAUGGUGAAGGCUCUGGGGAGCUCAGAGGAAGCAGUUUUCCUCCAACAGAGACUGGAUGACAUGAACCAGCGCUGGAACGACCUGAAGGCCAAAUCAGCCAAUAUACGGGCUCAUCUGGAGGCCAGUGCUGAGCGCUGGAACCGUCUUCUGUCAGUCCUGGAGGAACUGAGCCGCUGGAUCUGUGUGAAGGAUGAGGAACUGAACAAACAGAUGCCCAUCGGAGGAGAUGUGCCCACAGUGCUGCAGCAGCAGACCCACUGCACGGCUCUGAGGGCGGAGCUUAAGGAGCGUGAGCAUUUAGUUCUCAGCACAUUGGAUCAGGCACGCAUGUUUCUGGCCGACCAGCCGAUCGAAGGACCCGAAGAGCCACGCAAGAACCUGCAACCCAAAACCGAGCUGAGCCCAGAGGAGAAGGCCCAGCGGGUGGCUAAAGCGAUCCGUAAGCAGACUGCAGAGGUGGGCGAGCGCUGGGAGAGGCUCAUGGGACACGCGGGCACCUGGCAGGAGCAGGUGGACAGAGCACUAGAUAAACUCCAGGAUCUCCAGAGCUCCAUGGACCAACUGGACCUGCGUCUAGCCCAGGCCGAGGAGCUCAAAGCUGGAUGGCAACCCGUGGGAGACCUUCUCAUAGAUUCCCUACAGAAUCACAUCGAGAAAACAACGGCAUUCCGUGAUGAGAUUGCGCCUCUGAAACAGGAUGUCCGGGCUGUGAAUGAUCUGGCAGGUCAGCUGACCCCACUGGACGUCCAGCUGUCCUCCACCACCAACCGCCAGUUAGACAACCUCAACAUGCGCUGGAAACUACUGCAGGCAGCUGUAGAGGACAGGUCGAAGCUCUUACGGGAAGCACACAGGGAUUUUGGGCCCUCCUCUCAACACUUCUUAUCCACUUCGGUGCAGUUGCCCUGGCAGAGAGCAGUGUCCCAGAAUAAAGUGCCCUACUACAUCAAUUCAUUCAAGGCAGUUCAGUUUACAGCCUUUGUGUUUACUUUUCUAGCGCUUUCUCUUCUGUUUUUUUUAGCUGACCUCAACAACGUGCGGUUCUCCGCGUACAGGACGGCUAUGAAGAUCCGCCGGCUGCAGAAAGCCCUCUGCUUGGAUCUGUUGGAUCUGAGUGUGGCUCAGUCCAUGUUCCAGCAGCACAAGUUGACGGUAAACUCCCAGCAGCUGACGGUUCCUGAGGUCAUCAACUGCCUGACGUCUGUGUAUGACGGACUGGAGCAGGAGCACAAAGACCUGGUCAACGUCCCGCUCUGUGUGGACAUGUGUCUCAACUGGCUGCUCAAUGUCUACGACACGGGUCGCAGUGGGAAAAUUCGAGUUCUGUCCAUGAAGAUUGGUCUUCUCUCUCUUUGUAAGGGUCACCUGGAGGAGAAAUACAAAUGUCUGUUUAAUCAGGUGUCAUCGGCGGGUGAUAUGUGUGAUCAGAGGCAGUUGGGUCUUCUGCUGCAUGAUGCCAUUCAGAUCCCUCGACAGCUGGGCGAAGUGGCGGCCUUCGGCGGGAGCAACAUCGAGCCCAGCGUCCGCAGCUGCUUCCGGCAUGUGACCAAUAAGGUGGAGCUGGAGCCGAGGCAGUUUAUUGAUUGGAUGAGGCUGGAGCCGCAGUCGAUGGUUUGGCUUCCGGUCCUGCACAGAGUGGCGGCAGCAGAAACGGCCAAACACCAGGCCAAGUGCAAUAUCUGUAAAGAGUUCCCCAUCGUGGGCUUCAGAUAUCGCAGUUUGAAGCACUUCAACUAUGACGUUUGCCAGAGUUGCUUCUUCUCUGGUCGCACAGCGAAGGGUCAUAAACUCAACUACCCCGUGGUGGAGUACUGCACACCGACCACCUCAGGAGAAGACAUGCGAGAUUUCACCAAAGUCUUAAAAAACAAGUUCCGCUCAAAGAAGUAUUUCGCGAAGCACCCUCGCCUGGGAUACCUGCCCGUCCAGACGGUCCUAGAGGGAGACAACAUGGAAACUCCGGUCACUCUCAUCAGCAUGUGUCCGGAGCAGUAUGAGCUUUCUCCAUCGCCACAACUCUCUCAUGACGACACACACUCACGGAUAGGGCAGUACGCCAGCAGGUUGGCACAGAUGGAGCGCUCCAAUGGCUCUCUGCCCACCGACAGCAGCUCGGCCACUGGAAGCAUGGACGAGGAACACGCUUUAAUCCUGCAGUACUGUCAGACGUUGGGAGGGGAGGGCUCAUCCUUCAGCCAGCCCCAAACCCCCGCCCACAUCAGCAGGAGCCCCGCCCAUGACACUCACAGCCCCUCCUACCUGCUCCAGAGCCCCGCCCAGAUCAGCAGGAGCCCCGCCCAUGACACUCACAGCCCCUCCUACCUGCUCCAGAGCCCCACCCAGAUCCUGCAGGCUGUGGAGAGGGAGGAGCGAGGAGAGCUGGAGCGAAUCAUAGCGCGACUGGAGGAGGAGCAGCGGACCCUGCAGAGGGAGUAUGAACAGUUGCGCCAGCAGCACGGUCAGCCUGGCACGGGGGCCGCAGCUGUUAGCGGGGCCCUUGAGGAAGCAGACCUGUUAGCUGAAGCUAAACUCCUGCGACAGCACAAGGGACGGCUGGAAGCCCGCAUGCAGAUACUGGAGGACCAUAACAAACAGCUGGAAUCACAGCUCUACCGACUACGCCAGCUGCUGCAUCAGCCUGAGUUAAAUGGCACGUCCUCUUCUGGCUCUCUCCAUCAGGAUACAGCAGGACAGGCCGAGCUCACAGAUGAGCUUCUUCAUCAGUGUGCUAACAGUAACUCUGAUCUGGCUGAGGUUGUGGAACAGAUUAACCACAGUUUUCCUGCAUGCUCUCCGUCAAGUGUGUCCUCAAGGCCGAAGGUGAUGUGAAGGUUUUCAGCAAAACAUCACUUUGGAAAUCUUGCGGACAUGAAGAGCAGUCUCGAACUCGACAUGACAAGAAGAUUCCCGUUCCAGAGAUGCAGAUUCCCGGCUGUUCCCUCGACAGAGAUAUUUGUCCUCGAACCCAAAGACUCUGGAACAGGACCACACAGUUCAUUCAUUGGCUAUUACUACUGCGUCUGUCUGUACUAUGCAACUGUACAUUUGAUCAACAUGUAGAUUGUACGUGGUGAGGUGUAUCUGCCCAUUGUUUUAAUAUUCGGAUGAUUAUUUAGGGUUAUGGGGGCCAUUUAUCGUAUAACCUGUAUGCUUUUAUUUCUGCGUUCACCAAGAAACCACACUGCUACCACAUAUCUCACAUUCAGCUCAUAUCAGUUGCUGUUCAAACUGACACGUUGUCUUUCUACAGACGUGGUUAUUAGUUGAAUCAGAAAACGAUGUGAACAUCAGUGGAUAUGAAGACGAAUCGAUCUCGUAAUGCUAAACUGUUAGCGCAUGUUGCCCCCCCAGCAUUAUUCUCUUCAACUUUAGCCUGUUUUGACAGUGUUUGCCGUGAACUCUCCCUUUAAAGCAUUGUUUCGACAGUUUGUUCCGCGGGUAGCAGCGCAUCUGAACCCUCACUGCAUUUCUAGAGCGCACGCACAGAUGAUGUACAACACAAACAUUCGAACGCGUCGAAAACACCCUUUUGUGCCUAUAAAGCAUCCAUUCCAGGAGAGACGAGUGGCUGAGAGAUGCCGUAUUUCUCAAAAUUAUGUAGAAAGAUUAUAUUAUAAAAAGACAAAUGUAGGAAAUGGGGAUUUUUAGGACGUUUGGCCCAAGAUGAUUUAUCUUUGUGUAGUAUAGUUUUAUAAAUAAAUGUUUAAAAAAAUUUAAUUAGAGAAAGCCAUGAUUGCCUUGCUACCUCAGACAUGAUCAGUCAUUCAUUGGUGUGACUGUCGAUUGAUUUCACUCUCCACUUCCAAAAACAAAACUAAGGAAAGGUCGUUCCAUAAUGUUGCACUUGCUACGCAAGUAAGCUGCCCCGAUGACUACAUUGUGUUUUUCCCUUGAUUUCCCAGCAGUCCUUUGAUUUUUCUACAUGGUGUAUUUGUGGUGUGCUACCUUCAGUGAAGUGUUAGAUUUGAACAUUACUGGAACACCUGCGAAACAUUGUUCUGAAGUUGAUUCCUAGUGAAGUCACUGUCACCGACGCUGUGCUGUUCUGACCCGAGAUAGAUCGAUAAGACCGAACACACUACAUGUAAUGAGGUUCCAUAUGUUUUAUUCAAAAUAAAGUUUUUAUAAUGAGUGUUUUCUUGUGCUUUUUGUCUCAUAUUGUCUUGUUACACUAAGGGGAGAAAGUUAUAAUGGAAUAGUUUUAAGGUUCAUUUUCCAUUGUCGUUCCAAAACAUUUCUUUCUUUCUUUGGAACACAAAAGAAGAUA